CCCUAGCCUAGAAGAAGAACCUUGUACCUUACUUGUCACGUGACUCUGUCUACAGAUUCCCAUUUUAGGGAUUCGUCAUCUUCUUCCUCCUUCCAUUACUCUUUCAGUUCAUUACUCUGUCUACAGAUUCCCAUCUUCGUCAUUACUCUUUCCACGUGUCGAUCCAUAAAUAACUAACUCAUCUCACUUCAGUUCGUCACUCUUCUUCCAAGAGAAAAAAGAGAGAUUCGAGUCUGACCAGACCACCACCUCCAUGGCCAUUUUCAAUACUUAAUUUUAUUAUUUUUCUCUUUUACCACCCUAGUUAGUGUUACUGUUACAUCAAACAAUGGCUUCACUUCGUUUAUUUCAGUCUUCUAAUUGUAAAAACGAUAAUCUUGUUCAUCAAUGGCGUAAUAAGAUUUGCACAAAUAUAAAUUUUCACAAACGCAAUAAUAGAGUCUCAUUCACUUCUCAAAAAUAUCUAGGUUUUCCAAUCACUUGCAGCGUUUCAUCUCUUGAAAAAAGAGAAGAAGAAAAGAAGAUGGGGAAUAAUGGGAAAGUAAAGCUGGGGGUUUUGUUAAAUCAUCAAGUACAAUUUGGUGAAAGUGUUGGGAUUUUGGGCUCCUGUAAAGAAUUUGGAUCAUGGAAGAAGAAAUUACAAAUGAAUUGGACAGAAAAAGGUUGGGUAAGUGAGGUCGAAACUAAAGGGGGUGAAUUAAUUGAAUUCAAAUUUGUGAUUGCUGGGAAAGAUAAGAAUAAUGUGGUAUGGGAAGGUGGUGAUAAUAGAAAAUUUACUCUCCCACAAGAUGGCUUCUUUCAAAUGAUUUGUCAUUGGAACAACACUGGAGAAUCUGUCAAUCUAUCAACACUGGAUGGGACUAGUAAUGAUGGUGGAGCAGUAGAGACACAAAGUAGUAAUGGAGUUGGAGUUGGGGAGCCUGUUAAAGAAGGAGGUGCAGCUAGUCCAUUUGUAGAACAAUGGCAGGGGAAGGCUGCAUCAUUUAUGAGGUCGAAUGAACAUGGAAAUAGGGAGGCAGAUAGAGGGUGGGAUACUAGUGGUCUUCAAGGGUGUGCAUUAAAAUUAGUGGAAGGUGAUCGAAAUGUGAGGAAUUGGUGGAGGAAGCUAGACUUGGUGCGUGAAUUGUUGGUUGAAAAUCUCGAAAACGAGGAUCGGUUGGAAGCUCUUAUAUAUGCUUCUAUCUAUUUGAAGUGGAUAAACACAGGGCAAAUACCAUGCUUUGAAGACGGUGGACACCAUAGGCCCAACAGACAUGCUGAAAUUUCAAGGCUCAUAUUUCGUGAACUUGAAAGAAUUUCGUCCAGGAAAGAUGCGUCACCUCAGGAAAUACUUGUUAUACGAAAGAUUCAUCCAUGUUUGCCAUCAUUCAAAUCGGAAUUCACAGCAUCGGUUCCUUUAACUCGAAUUAGAGAUAUUGCUCACCGGAACGAUAUUCCUCAUGAUCUCAAGCAAGAAAUCAAGCACACAAUACAAAACAAACUUCACCGUUGUGCUUGGCCUGAAGAUCUAGUUGCUACAGAAGCAAUGCUUGCCAGAAUUACCAAGAAUCCUGGAGAAUAUAAUGGGGCUUUCGUGGAACAAUUUAAGAUAUUUCAUCAUGAACUCAAAGACUUCUUUAAUGCCGGAAGCCUCGCCGAGCAACUUGAAUCGACCAGGGAAUCGUUGGAUGGACAGAGCUUAACGGCUCUUAAUCUAUUUCUGGAGUGCAAGAAGAGUUUGGACAAGUUGGACGACUCGAGCAAUUUCCUGAACAACGGUGGAGUUGAUAUAUUAGUGAAGACCUUACAAUCAUUAAUGGGUUUAAGAGCAACACUUUUAAAAGGUCUUGAAAGUGGCAUCCGAAAUGAUGCCCCUGAUACUGCAAUAGCUACCCGUCAAAAGUGGCGCCUUUCCGAAAUUGGCCUUGAGGACUACUCUUUUGUACUGUUAAGCAGGUUCCUCAAUGCACUUGAAGCUAUAGGAGGAUCUUCUAAGCUUGCAGAUACUGCAGGGUUAAAGAAUUGGAAUGAUCCAUUUGAUGCUCUUACUGUUGGCAUUCGCCAACUGGGACUUUCAGGUUUUAAGUCAAAGGAAUGUAUCUGUAUUGAGAAUGAACUCCUUGCAUGGAAACAAAAAGGUCUAUCUGUAAAAGAAGGUAGUGAGGAUGGAAAAACUAUAUGGGCCUUGAGGCUCAAGGCUACUCUUGAUAGAUCAAGAAGGCUAACUGAAGAAUAUUCGGAAGCACUUCUUCGUAUCUUCCCUCAUAGAGUACAGGUGCUAGGGAAAGCUCUUGGGGUUCCUGAAAAUAGUGUGAGGACAUAUACUGAGGCUGAGAUUCGUGCAGGAGUUGUUUUGCAGGUAUCAAAACUUUGCACCAUUCUUUUGAAAUCUGUAAGAAAGACAGUAGGAUCACAAGGUUGGGACGUUCUUGUUCCUGGAGCUGCUGUUGGGACCCUUGUUCAGGUAGAGCGGAUUGUUCCUGGGUCUUUCUCAUCUUUAAUAACAGGACCUGUUAUUCUAGUGGUCAAAAAAGCUGAUGGAGACGAGGAGGUUACAGCUGCAGGGAACAACAUUGUUGGGGUGGUACUCUUACAGGAAUUGCCUCAUGUAUCACAUCUUGGUGUGAGGGCCCGGCAAGAAAAGGUGGUUUUUGUGACUUGUGAAGAUGAUGACAAGAUUGCUGACAUCCAAAAUCUUGACGGAAAAUCUGUUAGGUUGGAAGCAUCUUCUACAAGUGUUGAUCUAUCAGCAUCAACAUUGAGCAAGGGCAAAGAGGUUUGGCGUGAUAUCAAAAUAAGUGGGGCUUCAAUUCCGAAGGAAUCCCUAGUAGCUAAAUCUUUGUCAUCGUCUGAAGUCCUAGUGUCUUCCUCAAGCCAGAAUGUCGGCACUGCAGACGUUCUCGAACUCGCGGAUGCGGAUGCCCAAACUUCUGGUGCAAAGGCUGCUGCUUGUGGUCAGUUGGCUUCUUUGGCUGCACUUUCUGAAAAAGUUUACAGUGAACAAGGGGUACCUGCUUCUUUUAGUGUUCCUUUGGGAGCAGUAAUACCUUUUGGUUCAAUGGAGAAAGCAUUAGAGGAAAGUGGAUCCACUGAAGCUUUUCUGUCACUUCUAGAGCAGGCUGAAACAUCCAAAAUGGAAGGAGGUGAACUCGAUAAAAUAUGUUCUCAACUUCAAGAACUGGUUUCAGAUCAGAAACCCUCUGCAGAAAUAAUCACCAAGAUAACAGAGAUCUUCCCAAGCAACGCUCGCUUGAUCGUGAGAUCUAGUGCUAACGUUGAGGACUUAGCAGGAAUGUCCGCUGCUGGAUUAUACGACUCCAUCCCUAAUGUCAGCCCUUCAAACCCUGCCGUUUUUGAGAACUCUAUCAGCCGCGUUUGGGCAUCUCUUUAUACCAGGAGAGCAGUCCUAAGUCGUCGAUCUGCUGGUGUACCACAGAAGAACGCUACAAUGGCAAUACUUGUACAGGAAAUGCUGUCGCCAGAUUUGUCCUUUGUGCUACACACGUUAAGUCCAACAGACCGUGACCCUAAUGUGGUCGAAGCCGAGAUUGCACCAGGGCUUGGUGAAACCCUAGCUUCAGGUACCCGUGGAACUCCAUGGAGACUUUCGUCCGGAAAAUUUGACGGCCAAGUACGGACUUUAGCAUUUGCAAAUUUCAGUGAGAUGCUAGUUCUUGGUGCAGGUCCGGCAGAUGGGGAGGUAAUACAUUUGACAGUCGAUUACAGUCAAAAGCCACUAACCAUUGACGGAAUAUUCCGUCAGCAACUUGGCCAGCGUCUCUGUUCUAUAGGGUUCUUCCUUGAGCAGAAGUUUGGGUGCCCACAGGAUGUAGAGGGUUGUAUUGUCGGAAAGGAUAUCUACAUUGUGCAGACACGCCCCCAGCCACUAUAAACAUACAGGAGGAGCUCAAAAAAUCAUUGUGCAGCUUUUGGUAUCUUCUCUGAUUUCUCUAUUCCACAAUAACUGAAGAAUGAAGAGUAUAAAAACGGUCCUCUCAAUAUAUAGGUUAUAUCAUAAAAACAUGUACCAAUUGUGAAAGUUUCAUCAUCAGAUAAUAAAGGAACACCUUUUCUACUAUGUCUAGAAAGAAAGAAAUGAAUGGAUUUUCUCUAUAAUAUUGUGGUGCUUA